ACGAAGCCAACAUGGCGUCGGGGCAGUUAGCCAGUUAGCUGAACACAGUGAUUUCUCUCAAUUAUUGUCGUUUUAAGUACAUAUUGAAGGAAUUUACGGGCAUCUUUAUGAAGGGAUAUGAUUGGAAAUAAUGUCAAGCUGUUUUAAAGCACCGACCACCGGGAGGAUCUCUGACCGGAUGACGGAGGUGGAAGAGCUGCGGCCGGUCCCCCGGGAGCGGGCCACCCUGGAGAGCUUCUUCACGCAGCUCGGCAUGUUCUCCUUCGACCGGGCGAAGGACUACGUGGAGAAGGAGAAGGACAACAGCCGGAGCGCGGGGCCCAUCUGGGCCGCGCUGCUGGCCGCUCUGGCUCACCUGGCCGCCGCGGAGAAGGCCUACCACCACAUGACAUUCCUCGGCCAGAAGAUGGGCGGCCAGUCCUUCUUCAGCCGCAAGGACUCCAUCCGAACCAUCUACACCUCGCUGUACAACGAGCUCAGGAAGGUGGUGACGAUGGGGCGCCACAGCCAGCCGGGCUCCGCCUCCUACCUGGAGGACCUGCUGUCGCACCUGUCGGAGCAGCUCUGCCACUUCACCCAGGCCCGCAUGGAGAUGGCCGACCUGUACGAGAAGAUGCACUCGCUGGGCAGCCAGAAGAGCAUCAACUCGGACGAGCUGGUCACCACGCUGGAGGCCGUCCUGCACAAAUACAGCUCCAAGUUCCACCACCCCAUCCUGGGACGCGUGGAGGAGGGCUUCCAGACGGAGGUGGACGUGGUGACCCAGUUACUGCGCUGCCAGGCCCAGGUGUCCGAGUGGUAUUUCCUUCCCGCUCUGCUCAGCCUCCACGGCGCCAACUCCAAGCUCAUCGCCUGGGGUCAGCUCUUCCAGCGGCAGAAAGAAACCCGCAAGCAUCUAUUCGGAGGUCAGUCCCAGAAGGCCGUGCAGCCGCCGCACCUUUACGUGUGGCUGCAGCGCUUCCAGGCGGUGCUCCUCGCCAAGUUCAGCUUCUACUUCCACGAAGCCCUGAGCCGGCAGACUGCCCCGACCGACAUGAGAGCUCUCACCGCACGCACCGCGCCGGACUACCACGGCAAGAUCUGCACCUUCAUCCGCAAACACGACGCCAACAACGUGUCUCUUGUGUUCGACAACCGCGGCUCAGAGAGCUUCCAGGGCCACGGCUACCACCACCCGCACUCGUACCGGGAAGCACCGAAGGGCGUGGAGCAGUUCCCCGCCGUGGUGUCGCUGCCGUCGGGAGAGCGGCCGCUCACGCACUGGCCCAACGUCAUCAUGAUGAUGGGAGACCGUGCCACCGAGCUCAACACGCUGGACAAAGUGGUGCACUUCUACGACGAUAAAGUGCAGAGCACCUACUACCUGACGCGGCCAGAGCCACACUUCACUCUGGUGGUCAUCUUCGACGGAAGGAAGUCGGAGAAGGACGUGCACAUCGGCGCCUUCCUGCAGGAGAUCUCCGGCUCGCUGCGGAACUCCAAACCCUUCAGCACCCUCAAACCCGGGUCGAAGGGCUGAGAUCCACAAACACCUGGUGAACCUCAAAUAACUUCUCACAGAUAAAUAAGAUGCUGAAAUGUUGCAUCUCAUUUUGUGUUUGUCUUUAUGUUGAAUCUCAUUUUGCCAAAAAUGUUCCAGACCAAAGAGACCAACAAACACGCUGGAAGUGCUUAAAACAUUUGUUUAUUUAAAAAUGUAUUAAGGAUUUUAAUUAUUUUUAUUUUUAACAUGUUUACUUUAUAUUUUAAUAGCUUAUAUUUACUGUGAAUGAUACAAUUUGAAUAAAGCUUUGAGAUGAUUGCACAUC